GUUUUGCAUUACCUUUAGGUCACCCAGUCUAGCUCACGCACCUUGCCACAUCUUGGAGAUGCGCGAUAUGUAUCGAUAGGCAGAUCAAAAAUAUCUGUUCGAUAAUGGUGCUAUGACAUUAGACUUUGCUAUCAGCCUAGCUGCAAAAUCAGAGCUAGCCCUUUGUGUCUACGAACACCAAUUAUGCAUUUUGUCCCUCUUCGCAUCACAGUUAGCAACGUCUUAUGUCAUAGAACCAUAGGGAACUCACCUCUUCUGACAAUACACCGUGGAACACAAAACUGUCCAUGAACACGAAAAAGGAGGCUUUCGUGGACUGGGGCUCGUUCGCCGAGAAAGCCUCCGAAACGGAAUGGAUCGAGUCAAUAAUCUUGGAAGAGCGAGAGGAGAUGGCAGAGCAUCUUGACGAAGCCGAACCUUGGCCAGAGAAUAAAGAGGAGUCUGAUAUAAUUAUGGUGAAAUCGAUGCCCUUCAACGGGGCGGGGAGCCAUUCAGGUGGGACCAACAUGUCUCCAUUCCUAAUGGAGGUGCCAGAAGAAGAGAAGCAACCAGUGGAGGCAAAUCCCGAGGAGUGGACAGUGGUUCACCUCGAAAUCCAUGAACUAUUGCAGCCUGAGGCUGAGCAGGCGGCGUCUACCUGCUCCCAAGAAGGCGUCAAGGAGGUCCAUAGCCACAACAAGAGCAUGGACGUGAGCAAGUUUGAUUGCUUCAUGUGCGGAGUACCAUACACGCACUGCUCCAACGUGUCCAUCCACUACAUGGCCCUGCAGCUGCUGAGAUGCCCCAAGUGCCCUCGAAUCCACGUCAACGUCCGAGAGGGCCACAAAAACCAUCUUCGGACGCACAUGGGCCUGAGGCCCUACGGCUGCCACAUUUGCGGCAAACAUUUUGGAUUCAGCGCGUCAUAA